AUGGGCACCAAGAUCCUAGUCAGGGAGCCACGGUUGAUCAAGGAGAUAAAGACGGUGCUUGAAGAUGGAGGAGUGUUUGAUAAAUCUCGAAGGAUCCAGUCUCAUGAUGGCGUUUCAUGCUUGUUUUCCACAGGCUCCUUAUCUGAGAUGAGGGUGCUUCUCAAGGAGUACGAUACGAAUAAGAUAGACGUUGUUGAGGAUGAACUGGAAGCUGUGACUAGGCUUGUCGGCUUGCAAGGAAUAGUGGCAGACGUUAUAGGUUAUGACAAGUCUGACUUGCUAGAGACGGUGCCUAAGAAAUGGUCCUUGUACCCUCCUAUGGUACUCUUCCAAGGAGGACUGUUCAGUACACCAAGGUGGAAACAAUACUUUGAAGAGAACGGCAGAGACAAAUUAUUUAAGCAUCUACUGGAGAAAUUCUUCACUGGCUACACACACUAUGCGGUCAACCAGCCCAUCAUCGAAACCGAUGUCAUGCGAAGACCCUUUAAUCUUGUGCCGCUAUAUGGAGACUUUGGCCCUGAUCCCAACGAAGCCCGAUUCGAGGAUCCCAUGCCGGCAGACUUCAAAGAGGCUUUUUGGUGCACGGUGACACAGAACGGCAUUUGUCAGGAAUGGGCGCCGAGGUACACUAUGUUCUCUCGAGGUAACAUCACUGAGAAGAAACGGCUUCUCGAUAGUUACACGAAGCUAGACGGGCAUAAUGUGGUGGAUUUAUACGGCGGUAUUGGCUACUUUACCCUUUCAUACUUGACCAAUGGAGCGACCGUGUUUUGCUGGGAGCUUAAUCCAUGGUCCAUCGAGGGCCUCCUACGCGGGCUUAGAAAGAAUGGCUGCAAACAUACGCUUAUCAGGGUGGGGGAGCCAUUUGACGUGAACAUUUACCAGGAGAACGUGGCUAAUGGCGUCAAGGCUUUUGUGUUCCACGAAAGUAACGAGCAUUCAGUAGAACGACUUUUUGGUCUUGGUUUACGUAUUUCACACUACAACCUUGGUCUUUUGCCCCUGCUGAAGCAAGGCUGGGAGGUUGUGAAAAAACUCGAGGAAGGAACCGACAGUGGGUGCGAAAACGCUGAGGAAAAGCGCAUAGCCCGAUUAAUCCAUGUUCAUGAAAAUGUCCACAAAAACGAUUUUUCCCAACUUCUGCAAGAACUCGAAACCUUCUUUGGCGGCACGGCCGUCCAUUUGGAAAAAGUCAAGACUUUUGCACCGGACGUGUGGCACGUUGUGGUGGACAUAAAAUUGAAAGAAAUGGAAGUGUAA